AUGCAUCACAAGAUCGUGGCUUUGGACGCUUGGAAUGUCCCAAUUCCGCCGAGCCUGCUCCAGCUCCCCGGGCCACACACGUACGAGCUUGUAAAUCUCACUACGCAAGUCUCAUCCACGGAAGCCAUUCAAAACGCCGUGCAAGACGCUACCAUUGUCGCCACGACCGUCACACCGCUCAAAGGCCCGACAUUAGCUGCAAGUGUGACUCCCAAGCUCCAAUUGAUUGUGGCUAUAGCCACCGGCACAGACUGCAUCGACACGGACUUGGCGGCGGUCCGAGGCAUCAAGCUUCACAACACAGUUUUGGAGACAGAUGAAUGGACCAAGACGUUUGCCCUGACCUCGGUACUCAACGACCCCUCGGGGAGUCCUCCGAUGACUUGCAGGGAUGAGACGGUUGGUAUUGUGGGCUAUGGCGCAAUUGGCCGUCGUAUCGCGGAAUUCUGUCGUUCCUUAGGAAUGAGCGUACUCAUCGCAGCGCGAAAAGGCGCCUCUGCAAGCGAGGGCAGAGCGCCAUUUGCACAAGUUCUCGCACAGAGCUCUGUGAUUGUUCUCUGCUUACCUCGUGGGCCUGAAACUCUAGGACUGAUAUCCACGCAAGAACUGCAAGCCAUGCCUCGACACGCGCUGCUCAUCAAUGUCUCGCGAGGCGGCAUCGUCGACGAGACGGCGCUCCUCGAAGCUUUGCGAGCGGGCUCCAUUGGCGGCGCGGCCACCGAUGUCUUCCUGCAAGAACCGUCCGGCGCCGGGAAAUUCUGGCGAGAGGGCGAUAGCCCGCUGCUCAAGGUGGGCGCAGCCGAGGCCGGCAGGCUGAAUCUUUUGGUCACGCCUCAUGUGGCAUGGUGUUCGACGACGACGUUUCACAACUACCUACAAGCUUUCAAGCGACACGUAGAGGACUGGUGCGCGAAGAAUUAG